AUGAAGUCACUUGUACCAUUGGAUAUUCUCAAGCAGCAUACCUCUGAUACUUUCUCCACCACUCGAUUCACCGAAGCCUAUGUUUCGAGCUCUUGGAUGUCUUCUGCAGUUAUCUUUUUCACUCACUUGUUUCUGUUCGUUGCGAAGCUUCCAGAGUAUUUCGAAGAAAAAGGAUGGAAGAAUCCAGAUGAUAUCCAGGACUCCCCGUUCAACUUCGCGCUCGGGUCCAAGCGUGGAUAUUUCGACUACAUGUCGUCGAAGCCUUAUUACCAAAAUGCCUUCGACACAGUCAUGGCAUCUCCCUACCGCCGCGAUGAGAAGAGCUGGAUGGAUUUCUUCCCAGUGGAGGAGAAGUUACGGGUACAAAAUGCUUCCGACGUUCUUCUAGUGGACGUCGGAGGUGGUCGGGGGAAAGACCUUCAGAUCUUCCGCGAAAGAUUCCCUGAUUUGCAGGGAAGGCUUGUUCUCCAGGAUCUGUCACAUGUCGCAGGAACCGCCAAUAUUCCUUCUGAGAUCGAGACCCAGGCUCAUAACUUCUUCGACGAACAGCCCGUCAAGGGUGCAAAGGCGUACUACCUCCGCACUGUUCUCCACGACUGGCCGGACAAGGAGGCCGUGGAGAUCUUAUCAAGACUUCGUGAAGCCAUGAGCCCCGGGUCUUUGGUCUUGAUCCAUGAGAAAGCUAUGCCGGAAACUAAUAUCCCCUGGAUGGCCGCCAUUGGUGAUAUGACUAUGAUGACUGCUUUCUCAGCAAGGGAAAGAACCAAGAACGAAUGGGAGACUCUGUUGAACAGAGCUCAACUGAAGCUUACUGGAUUCUGGAAACCCGAGGGGACUUCCGCCCAGCAACAGGUUAUCAUUGAGGGUUCAAUCAAUUUGUGUGAGAAUUGCUAG